AUGGGCGACGUCAAGUUCUACCCCCACGACCCCGCCUCCCUCAUCCCCCUCCUCGAGUCCCACCUCCCACACACCCUCGUCCUCUUAGCCACCAUCAAGGCGAACCGGCACGCGCCGACCGACCCGUCACCCGUAUCAGCGCCCGACUGCCAAGUUCCCCCACCCCUCCCUCCCGUCUUUGCCAACUUCCCGCCGUCUUCAUCUGUCUCACUAGACUACCUGCAAUCCAUCGGACUCGGACCGUUCGACUGGAUCGUAGCCGUCGCCCUCCCAGAACCAAGCGAGCAGAUCCGGUUCCACCACUCUCUCGUCGCCCACCCUUCCCCCUCUUCAGAGGAAGUGGCGGCGGCCGAGAAGGUAGUAGAGCAAGUGCUUCGGUUUAUGGCGGAUCAUUAUCCAACUCAGCUCGUUUGCGGAGCCACCCAUGAACUGUGGGAGCCCGUCACGCGCAAAGUGCUGGGCGGACGUACACAGGUGCCGACCUACAUUUAUGUCGCUCCAGGUGGCGGAUUCGGAACCACUACUAUCAAGGGUGUACCACCACCUGAGGCCUGGUCCGAACUCGUCCUCGAUCACGGGCGGGAGAGCGACAAGGACCUUAUCUUUAGCGUCAACCACUACCGGCCCAAGGAGUAUUAUGGCGCGCGGGCGGCGCACCUCACCGUCCUCCGCCCACAUGUACGGAAUGGAGCUGUUCCGCCACCAGAAGUCUUCGUCCAGUGUCAUGGAGAUGGGUCGCUUGGUGCACUGCACACUCAGCCCCCGGUUAGACGGCGCGGGCUUGCCAAGGCUGUCCUUGCCGCUCACUUUAGGCGGUACGAGGGGCGUGUGCCGCAGUUCUGCUACAUCGAGCCAGACAACGACGCGAGCAUCGCCCUAUUCAGGAGCCUCGGAUGGACGCCGUUACCGUGGUCGACGUACUGGGUCUUUGAGAAGAGUGUGCAGCCGUCUGUAUAG